AUGAGCGCUUUGACGGAGGAGGCAGUAGAGAAGUAUUUAGAUGCCAAUCCUACUUUUGCCAAAACUUACUAUGACAAUAAAUUCAGAUCUGAAAUUUUAUUUGAGCUGCUGAGCACCGAAAAGACCAAUGUGGACUUCAGCACCUAUCAUGAUCUAAGCAGCGUGGAGGAAAGUGAGAUAGUCUUUGACCUGAUUAGAGGGUUCCAGGAUAACCUGAAUGUUGACAGAUGUGUCUUCAACAUACUCAAGAGGCUCACCUUCAUUAUUCAGGCAGACCGCAUGAGCUUGUUCAUGUACCGCAUGAGAAAUGGUACAGGCGAAUUAGCCACCAGACUCUUCAAUGUGCACAAGGAUGCCACCAUGGAGGAAUGCCUGGUACUACCAGACUCUGAGAUUGUUUUUCCUUUGGAUACUGGAGUGUUGGGAUUUGUGGCACAGUCUAAGAAAAUAGUCAAUGUUCAAAGUGUGUCUGAGGAUACCCACUUCUGCAGGUUCGUAGAUAACCUCACAGAAUAUGCAACACAAAGCAUACUGGCAGCCCCUAUAAUGAACGGCAAAGAUGUAGUGGCUGUGAUAAUGGCUGUUAACAAAUUUGAUGGCACCUGUUUCACCCAAAGAGAUGAAGAGAUGUUCCUUAAGUACCUCAACUUUGCCAACCUGAUUCUCAAGGUGUAUCACCUAUCCUACCUUCACAACUGUGAGACUAGAAGAGGCCAGAUAUUGUUGUGGUCAGCCAACAAGGUCUUUGAAGAGCUAACAGACAUUGAACGACAGUUUCACAAAGCACUUUAUACGGUCCGCGCCUUCCUUAACUGUGAUAGAUACUCUGUGGGUCUUCUCGAUAUGACGAAAACAAAGGAAUUUUUUGACCAGUGGCCAGUUCUAAUGGGUGAAGUGCCACCAUAUUCUGGACCAAAGACUCCAGAUGGCAGAGAAAUAUCCUUCUAUAAAGUGAUCGACUAUAUUGUGCAUGGAAAAGAAGAGAUUAAAGUCAUUCCGAAUCCACCAGCAGAUCACUGGGCUUUGGUUAGUAAACUGCCCACGUAUGUUGCAGAAAAUGGUCUUAUUUGCAACAUUAUGAACACCGGUGCUGAUGACUACUUUGCGUUUCAGAAAGGCGCAGUUGAUGACUCUGGGUGGAUAAUCAGAAAUGUCCUUUCAAUGCCUAUCGUCAACAAAAAAGAAGAAAUAGUGGGGGUUGCAACAUUUUACAACAGAAAGGAUGGGAAGCCAUUUGAUGAAAUGGACGAAGUGUUAACUGAAUCUUUGACACAGUUCCUUGGCUGGUCUGUUCUAAAUACAGACACAUACGAUAAGUUAAACAAACUGGAGAACAGGAAAGAUAUUUAUCAAGACAUGGUCAACUAUCAUAUAAAGUGCAACAAUGAUGAGCUACAGAUAAUUCUGAAAACUAAGGAAGUAUUUAACCGAUUACCAGAGGAGUGUGAAGAAGAAGAAAUGUAUGAAAUAUUGCAAGAAGAGCUGCCAGAUCCAGAGGAGGCUGAAAUUUAUGAAUUUCACUUUAGUGACUUGCCACAGACUGAGCUUUUCUUGGUGAGAUGUGCUAUACAGAUGUACUAUGAAUUAGAAGUGGUCGACAAAUUCCAUAUACCCCAGGAGGUAUUAGUGCGUUUUCUAUUCUCAGUCAGUAAAGGAUACAGAAAAAUUACUUAUCACAACUGGCGACAUGGCUUCAAUGUUGGACAAACCAUGUUUACCCUCCUAAUGACAGGGAAGUUAAAGCGUUAUUAUACGGACCUUGAGGCCAUGGCAAUGGUGACAGCUGCAUUUUGCCAUGAUAUUGACCACAGAGGUACAAAUAACCUGUACCAAAUAAAGUCAGGACAUCCCCUAGCAAAGCUCCAUGGGUCAUCUAUCCUAGAAAGACACCAUUUGGAAUUCAGCAAAACAUUGCUCAAAGAUGAGCAAGUAAACAUCUACCAGAACCUGAACAGGAGACAGUACGAUCAUGCUAUCCAUAUGAUGGAUAUUGCAAUCAUCGCCACAGACCUGGCUUUGUACUUCAAGAAAAGGGCUAUGUUCCAGAAAAUAGUGGAUCAGUCUAAGACAUACGAAAGUGAGAAAGCAUGGACGGAGUAUAUGAUGUUGGAACAAACCCGCAAAGAAAUAGUCAUGGCAAUGAUGAUGACAGCCUGCGAUCUCUCAGCUAUUGCAAAGCCAUGGGAAAUACAGAGCAAGGUUGCAUUGUUGGUUGCAGCAGAAUUUUGGGAACAAGGUGACUUGGAAAGGACUGUAUUGCAGCAAAAUCCAAUCCCAAUGAUGGACAGGAACAAAGCUGAUGAGCUUCCAAAGCUGCAGUGUGGUUUUAUUGAUUUUGUGUGCACAUUUGUAUAUAAGGAGUUUUCAAGAUUUCAUUCAGAGAUCCAGCCAAUGUAUGACAGGAUUCUGAACAAUAAAAAAGAAUGGAAAGCUUUGGCAGAUGAGUAUGAUGCUAAAAUGAAAGCUUUGGAAGAGGAAAAGCAAAAGAAAGCAGGCAUACAACCAGCAAAGCCAGCCCCAGCCUCAACAGGAAAAGAAAAUGGCGGCAACGUCCCAGUAGUCGAAGAAGCACCUCAGUCCAAAAGCUGUUCUAUCUUAUGA